CUUAAUAAUGCUCUUUCACUCAAAGCUUAAAGCUGAAAGGACACUCGCCCCAUCCAUCAUCAUCCACACAAAAAGAGUUCAGAUUCUCUACUCUAUUUAAUAUUUAUACCCCACAACGCUCACCCAUUACCCACAAUUCUAUCCCCUCCUUUUCCUGGGCAGGGCAAAUUAUAGAUGCCUCUUUUAACAUAAGCUCUUUUGGGUUGGUCUGUUUCGCGGGAAACAUGGAACAAGAAAUGAAGAACUGCACAACCAAAGGUGAAGAAGAAACAGUAAGAGGAGAAGAUGACGGAAACAAGUGGGUAUAUGAUUCUUCUUUGGAUCAUAAAGGAAGGGUUCCUCUCAGAACUUCUACUGGUGUGUGGAAAGCAGCACUUUUCAUCAUAGUGAUCGAGUUCAGCGAGAGGCUGACCUAUUUUGGAACGGCCACAAAUCUCAUCUCCUACCUCACAAAAGUGAUUCAUCAAGACCUUAAAGAAGCUGCCAAAAGUGUAAACAACUGGGCAGGGGUAACAACUAUGAUGCCUUUACUUGGAGGGUUCUUUGCUGAUGCCUACACCGGUCGAUUUUCUAUGAUUUUGAUUUCAUCCGGCCUCUAUCUUAUGGGAAUGGGCCUCUUGACAAUGUCCCAAUUCAUCCCUGGCCUAAAGCCGUGCAGUACAGACACGUGCAGCCAUCCUAGGAAGGUUCAUGAAGUGGUUUUCUUCCUUGCAAUUUACCUAUUGUCUCUUGGAACUGGAGGCCACAAGCCCUGCUUGGAAAGCUUUGGAGCCGACCAGUUUGAUGAUGACCACACUGAAGAAAGGAAGCAAAAGAUGUCUUAUUUCAACUGGUGGAGCUUUGCGCUUUGUUGUGGCCUCUUGCUUGGGGUAACCUUGAUUGUUUAUCUGGAAGACUAUGUGAGCUGGGGCCUUGCAAGUCUCAUUCUGACGGCUACUAUGGCUGUUGCGGUUAUGAUCUUCUACUUUGGCAAGCCCUUUUAUCGGUAUAGGGUGCCAGAGGGCAGCCCCUUGACACCAAUGUUACAGGUUUUGUUUGCAGCCAUUAGGAAGAGGAAUCUGCCAUAUCCCCCCAACCCGGCUCUAUUGUACGAGAAGUCGCAUAAGGACAAAGGAAGGCUCCUAUAUCACACAAACAAUCUCAGGUUUCUUGACAAAGCAGCCAUAGUUGAAGGAAGCACGAACUUACUGACCGAGAAACAACCAAAUCCAUGGAGGCUAGCAACCGUGACCGAAGUGGAGGAGAUGAAGCUGGUAAUAAACAUUAUUCCCAUAUGGCUAACUUCACUACCCUUCGGGGUAUCUCUGGCACAAACCACCACAUUCUUCGUCAAACAAAGCAGCACAAUGAACCGGAAAAUAGGCAACGAUUUUGAGAUCCCACCUGCCUCUAUCCACGCUCUUUCUGCAAUUGCCAUGAUGGUUUCUGUCGCCAUAUAUGACAAGAUCCUAGUCCGGAUGCUAAGAAGAGCCACAGGCAACGAACGAGGAAUCAACAUCCUCCAGAGGAUUGGCUUUGGCAUGAUAUUUUCCAUCCUAGCAAUGGCUACAGCAGCAAUAGUUGAAAUGAAGAGGCUGAGGGUUGUGGAGAAAGAGAUCAUAUUGGGAGGGAAAACCGGCACGUUAUCUAUGAGUGCGUUUUGGUUAGGCCCUCAGUACAUUAUUCUAGGCAUUGGAGAUUCCUUCACUCUUGUUGGUCUGCAAGAGUAUUUCUAUGACCAAGUUCCAGAUUCAAUGAGAAGCCUAGGCAUAGCCAUCUAUCUGAGUGUGAUUGGAGUUGGAAGCUUCUUGAGCAGCUUUCUGAUAACUCUGGCGGAUCAUGUCACCAAGAAAAGUGGGACUAGUUGGUUUGGAAAGGACACUAAUAAGAGCCGUUUGGACAAUUUCUACUGGCUCUUGGCAGUCUUAAAUGGCCUUAAUCUCUGUGUUUAUGUGUUGUUGGCAAAGAGGUAUACUUACAAGGAUGUGAACAGAAGUGGGAUUGUGGCUGAUUCCUAUAAGGGGGAAAGCAAAGUGUUAGAGGCCUGACAUUCUCCUAUUUCAUGAGGUAUAUGUUCUAGCAUAGUUUUGUAAAAAUGUUUCAGACACUGUCUGCUUCAGUCGAUUUUAAAAAAAUAAAUAAAUUAUGACUAGUUCAUAAGUUUAGAAUAAAAAACAUCACAUUCUAAAAAUUACAUUUCACUUUGUACCAUUCAUUUGGCACAUUUUGUUGCAAAAAACUUAAUUCAAAAAAACUUCAACACAUUUGAGUAAAAAUUUUUAUACAAAAAAAUUAGGAUAAAUUUCACACACCACCCCUAAGAUUUGUCUAAAUUGCACAAAAAAACCGUGUGUUUUUAAAGUAGCACAUACCUCCCUUGUCAUUAAUAGAAGACAGUAAUUGACUAUUUUACCCUUAUUUUAUAACUAUUCCUCUCUAAUUCCUCCACUCUCCUCUCCUUUCCUCUCCCAUCCUAUCUCUUUCUCUCUCAUUUCCCUCUCACACCGAUGGUUUGUUGCCAGUAGCAAUGGUCGUCAUCAACAACAAAUUUCUUUCAGCAAAGCCAUCAUCAUUUGCAAUGGCAAUAGAGUUCCAAACCAUUGAUGGUUUGGCACACCAUGGCAAUGGAAAAAAAAAAAAAAAAAAACCCAUUCCAAUGGAGAAGAAACCCUAGUGCUAUGG